GGGAGACCGGAUAUAGUGAAUGCAGGGGCCAGGGAGACCAGAUAUAGUAAUGCAGGGGCCAGGAAGACCAGAUAUAGUGAAUGCGGGGUCCGGGAGACCAGAUAUAGUGAAUGCAGGGGCCUGUGAGACCAGGUAUAGUGAAUGCGGGGUCCGGAGAGACCAGAUAUAUGAAUGCGGGGUCCGGGGAGACCAGAUAUAGUGGAUGCAGGGUGCGGGGAGACCAGAUAUAGUGAAUGCAGGGUCCUGGGAGACCAGAUAUAGUGAAUGCAGGGUCCUGGGAGACCAGAUAUAGUGAAUGCAGGGUCCGGGGACAGACCAGAUAUAGUGAAUGCAGGGUCCUGGGAGACCAGAUAUAGUGAACGCGGGGUCCGGGGAGACCAGAUAUGGUGGAUGCGGGGUCCGGAGAGACCAGAUAUAGUGAAUGCAGGGUCCUGGGAGAACAGAUAUAGUGAAUGCAGGGGCCGGGGAGACCAGAUAUAGUGAAUGCAGGGUCCGAGGUUUAACAGAACUGUGCUGUGUGGCAGGGUCUG